AUGGGGCCACCGCUGCUGCUGCUGGGGCUGCUGGCGCUGGCCGGAGCCGCCACGGCGGAGCCACGCGGAUCCACGGCGGAGCCACGCGGAUCCACGGCGGGACGGGAUGGAGCCACGGCGGCCUCGUCCUCGCCGGGGUCCCUGAGCUACGGGGAUGUGGUGGCGGCGGCCGUGGAGCUGCUCAACGCCAGGGCCGUCAGUCCCUACGUCCUGCAGCUCCGCGAGGCUCAGCCCCGGCCCGGCUGGCCCUCGGACCUGCAGAGCCGGCAGGAGCUGAGCUUCACCCUGGAGGAGACCACGUGCCGGGCACCGGGAACGGCCACCAGCAACUGCAAGAGCCGCUGGCUCGGGGCGGUGACCUGGUGCCAGGGCUCCGUUUUCCUGGAGGGGCAGCAGCCCACGGUGGAGCUCUCCUGCGAGAAGGCGCCGGCUGCGUUUGGCCGGAUCUGGAAAUCCAAGAUCAAGGAUUUCUUUGGCAAGAUCAAGCAGCGUUUCCAGGGGUUCUUCCAGUGCGGUCGGGUCUGGAUCCGGGACAGGCUCAACCUCAAGGCUCCCAGACCCUGAGGGGUGACACUGCUGUGUCCCCACCCUGUGUCCCCACUCUGUGUCCCCUC